AUGACUCACAAGAAUAACUCUACCACCAACAAUACCACAACAUCUACAUCCAUUGACCAAAAUGCUACCACUUUACAAUUUCAAUUUGUCUUUGACAAGGUCAUACUCAACCAAAGAACGAUGAAAUUAUUCAAAGAAUUCCUAAUGAAGAGUUUACAUUCCCCAGAAGCUAUCCUCUUCUAUGAGAAAGUUCUCGAAUUUAAAUCAUUCGAAGGACAAGCUCUGACUGAACUUCAGACGAAACUUGCUCAGAAUAUUGUAGAGCGUUUUAUUGUUGUUGGCUCCGCGCAUGAAAUUAACAUUGGAAAAAGAGAGAGAAAUCAAGUACUUGAGAGGGUGAAGAGAUUGUUAGGUAAUAGUCCACAAAAUUGUGAGUUGAAACAUGUUUCUAAUAGUAAGCAAAUGCUCAAUAAGAAAGAAAACGAAAGUGAUGAACAUUCAGAAACUUCAACAAAUAAGCAAACGAGCUUUUCAAUGAGUGAGACUUCUACCUUUAUAAUGGUGGAUCCAAUUAACAUUUUUGAUGAAGCAUUAGUGACAGUUAAGAGACAGCUCAAAGAAGACGUUUUUCCACUUUUUUUGAGAAGUGACAGAUUUCUGACAUUUUGUAAGAAGGCAUCGAGAGAAACUCUGGGAGAGAUUGGUUAUGAGAGAAGACAGUGUCGUCAAUCUGGCAACGUUUCUAUUGAAGAUUUUUGGAAAUUUUACAGAGCUGAUUGUGAAUCUCUAAAUGUCAAUGGUCAAGAUGUCAAAUUUUUAAGCUCUUUAUCAAUAGAUAGUUCUGAUUGGACUCUAUUAGAGCAAGAAUACUUUAAAAAGAGUUGUUUUGCAACAUUUGUUUCAUCUGAAACUCAUUGCAUGAUAAGACCAGAAACUUCCGAAUAUAGAAAUCCAAAUUCACAACAUAUUUACAAAUGUACAGGUGUCAUUAAUCACUCAACUGAGAAAACCAUUCCAUUGAAUUGGUAUCAAUGGGCCAUAACUAUUUCCAUUGGUUUCAUCAGUAUUCCAUAUGGCUUUUUAGUGAGAUUCGUCAGCAGAAUGUUUUUGAAAUUAUUGAGCUUGAAGAAGAAUAACAGACAAAUUACCAGUGAUGGCUACGAGGAAACCUAUUCCAAAGCAAGUGAAUAA